AAGUUUCCAAUUUUGAAGGAUUUGAUAAUCGCUCUCUUUAUCACUGUUUCUUCAACUGAAAACUCAGGUGGAUUCAACGAACAACGUUAGGGCUUUUUACCAUCUGAAGCUUAACCAAUAGCCGACAAUGGAAGCCGGAGAUGGAGGCGUUGACGUAGUCGUUGACUCUAAGGAUUUACAGCAACAGAGUAAAGCCUUCGAUAAACUCACCGAUCGUGUCGAAGAUCGCCAGCUCGAUUCUUCUCGUGCCCAAUCGGCCAUGGCAUCGAUUGCGGCAUCGGCGGAAGCAGAAAAGAAUGCAAUGAGAUUGAGAGAGAGAGAAUUAGCUGCAGUAAAGAUCAACGCGGCCGAUGUGGACAUCAUCGCAAACGAACUAGAGUUGGACAAAAAGGUUGCAGAGAGAACACUUCGCGAGCACAAAGGUGAUGCCGUUGCUGCUAUUCGGUCCUUGCUUCACUAAACCGGGCCCAAGUCGGUGAAAUAAAACCGAUAUUUCUCAAAGUUUUUGACAAAACCCUUUGUAAGAUGGAGGCCAUAUGACAGGCACAGUUACCUUCAAAUCGCUUAAACUCAAUUUUAAUGGUGACUAUGGCUGUGCUUACUGUUUUCCCAUUAGAACCUAGCGUUAGAAGAGCAUAUUGGAUGCUUCUUUAACUUGUUGAGACAUGAAAGAUCCAAAACCUAGUUAUCUGGAAUGUUCCGAGUUUUCUGAUUUCA